CGGUCUCGAUGUUACGGAGACUCCCCGUAUGCCAUCCCUUCUUGUUCAGAAAUUUCAUCCCCAUGAUUGCUUCUCUUUUUGUUUCUCCUCCUCUCGCUUCAAAAUCUGGUCACCUUCUUUUUGUUUCGUUCAAAUCGAAAACUCGUCGAGGGUUGUCAAUUAUUUGCUCCGUCGCCGCCGUAUUAACGAAAAAAAUGAGGAGGAAUCGGAGCCGUCCGUUUUUAAAACGUGUGAUGUCGAUGAUAUAUUUGGGCCUCAUGGGCUUGUUGUCAAUGAUCGUGCUAAACCUCAAAUCUAAGCUAAUUGGAUCCGGUUUAGAUUGGUUUAAG